UUUGUCCGCCAACGACGGCGACGCAACGUAAAACGCUCUGCGUGGCAGUGUCGUUUCGCGAAACACGAUCGUGAAUCAUGUUUCGGUAAUUCCUGCUGUUCCCCGACGUGCCACGGUUUCUUCCUUCGUCCGUCGAAAGGGACAACAACAAUGGUAUCGCUGGAGGACAGUUGGAAAGAGGCUACGGAAGGUCUGGACGCUGCGGUUUGCGAUGCUUGGUUCACGCGUCUGCAAGAGAUCUAUUCAGAAGAGAAACGUACGUACCACAAUCUGGACUCGCUCAGGGAGAAGUUGAACCAUUACUAUGAAAUCAAAGGAAAUCUAAAAAAUCCACGUGCCGUCCUGCUUGCCAUAUUCUUUCAAAAUUUUGAAUACGAUCCCAAAGCUCUAGAUGGUGAAGACAAAAAUCUCGAACACUUCAAUACUUUUGCCGAUGAAGCCGAAAUUCCGUUGGACGCGGAGCUCAGAGAAGAAACAUGCGCCUUGCUUAAAGUGGCAGCGACUCAUAGCACCGAGGCGCAUAAAGUAGGGGGUGCAUUCGGUGGUGAGGAUGCUCAUUACUUUCUGGACCUGGACAUGGCGAUACUCGGCUCCUCUCCGGAUAGUUACGCUGAAUACAGGGAACGAAUACGCGGAGAAUAUUCCUUUCUCAGCGAACCCAUGUACACGGCACUGCGACUGAAGGUGUUGCAGAAUUUCCUGCAGAUCCCGAACAUCUUCGCCACCAUGGAGUUUCGCGACAAGCUGGAGGAACAGGCGCGCCAGAACAUUCAGGCGGAAGUGGAAUUGCUGUCUUAGAAUUCUUCGUCGUUUCAUUUUCCGAGGGUUCAAACCGAGGACGAUUCACGCAGAAAAUCAGGAACUCUCUCGCCGGGACUCGCUGUCGAACAAAUAAUGAUGCAAAUGAUUUCAAUGCCUACCUCACAGAGAGAAAUACUUUAACGCAGGUUUCGCAAACAUGUAGGGCAAACAUUGAAUAAGAGUCUCUUAUGAUCAAGAGAAGAAUAUUAAAACUGUUAUUAUUUUCUUUGGAUUCGUCAUUAAAUUAAAUGUUUAAUGCGUUGUUUCAUAGUUUUUCUUUUCUUAUAAAAAUAUAAAAAUGACAAGUUAAAUUUAAAUUUAAAUUCAAUUAAACUUUCUUAUAAAUCAUUUUUUCUUAUAAAUUUAAGCGAGGCUUUUUAUCGCACAAUUUUACUAAUUGUUUAUUUAAGAGUCUUCUUCUUGAUUAAAAAGUGCUUGUAAUUAUUUAUAUAAUGUCGAUGUAUUAUUAAAUAGCUAAACGCGGAAGAUAUUAGUCUAAUUUAAUCGUAAGUAAAGUAAUUAUUUUUUUACUAGUAAUGAUUUUAAUUUAAUAAUUGUUUAAUAGGUCGAUGAAAUUAUUUUGCCAUUGACGUUAGAUAAUGAAAAAUGAAAUUUUGCAAAUAUAACGACAGUUUGUCGUGAUAUUAAGAUACAUUAGGAUUUGUAAGUGGAAUUGACGUGUCGAUUAAUGUGUAAUAUGAAUAUAUGUAUAUUUUAGAGAGCGUAUUUUUCGCGCUACUCUUUGUGCAGCAAAACUUUGCUACUUUCGAUAAAUAUUUAACUUUACACAGUCAUGCCCACAGAACUUUCGACUGACACAUAUUGUAAAGAUCUUCAUAAUCCUUAAAUAAUUUUCAAAGCAUGUUCUAGUCAUUGCCUAUGGUUUAUUACAAAAUAAUUAACAAAUAAAAGAUUGAGUACUUUUUAGUAGAAAAAUAAAAACUAAUGAAAAAUAAUUAUACAAUUGUACGGUUUGACGGUGUAAAGAUACAAAUUUAUCCCAUUUUUGUCUUUGCAUAUUCCUCCUGAGGACUUCUUGAGAAAAAAAAUUGUCAGAAUUCUUCAGAAAUCUCGAGAGAUUUCAAAAGAAUUCGAAAGCUCCUUGCAAAAUGCAUGCCUGUACAUCAUCAGAGAUCUAUCUCUAAAGCAAGCACUUACAUUUUUUUAUCUUUACUGAUAAUGCGUCGUCGAAUUUUAUGCAAGUUAAAAUUAAUUACUGCUAAACAAAAUGUAUUUUAAGGCUCGUAUCAAAAUGUUAACAAAAAGUUAACAGAAUAAAUGUUAACAGAAAGAGUGAGUUGUUAAAUAAUGAUUAAGAUGCAGCGUUUUUUUGAAAAGAUCGAAAAGAUCGGCGAUGGAAAUAUUACAAACAAUGUACAAUGAAAAUUAAAGAAGAUUAUUAAGUAUAUCUCACAUUA